UGAAAUCAAAAGACCGUUUGACUCAUUUCAAUGGCGUCAUCAUCACUCUCUUCUUCUUCCUCCCUAAAAUUGAAUCACCUAAGAACAACACUCUGUUACCAUUUGAAGCAAAAUCGAUGCUAUUCAAAGCUGAACCACGCAUCAACAUCAUCACCACCAGACUUCGAGAAAGUAGCAGACGAUGUACCAACUUCAGGAAUCUGUAGACCUCUGUCCGAAAUACUGAAGGAGCUGAACAAGAAGGUUCCCGAUUCUCUCAUCAAAACUCGCAUUGAGAAAGAUGGGUUUCCCAUUAGAUACAUUCCUUGGCAUGUUGUGAACCGUGUUUUGAACUUACACGCUCCUGAGUGGUCUGGUGAGGUUCGGAAUAUCACCUAUUCUGCUGAUGCCAAGUCUGUUUCUGUUGUUUACCGAGUUACUCUUUAUGGGACUGAUGCUGAGAUAUUUAGGGAAUCAACUGGUACUGCUUCAAUAGAUGAUACAAGCUAUGGAGAUCCUGUACAGAAGGCAGAAGCAAUGGCUUUUCGAAGAGCUUGUGCACGCUUUGGGUUGGGGCUUCACCUUUAUCAUGAAGAGUCCUCAUAAUCAAGCGGUUCUGCUCACCUUCUCAGGUUAAUUGCCAUUGUUUCUUGUUGGAUUUUAACGUUAUGAUCAUUUGAAACAAGAUUAUAUGGUUUGUUAUUACUGAUUAAAGGGGAGCAUUUUUUGUCCUGUUAACCAUAUGUUCUAUCUGGUUCAUGAUAGACAUUAGUAUAGUUGAUCCAUGUGGAUACUGUAGUGCUUACUCCAUCUAGUAGGAAAAGACUUUGGUUGUUGUAGUUAUCUGAUUUUAUGGUUCCAUCAUAUGAUGUUUUGGGGAAAAUUGAUGCACUGUUGUACUUUUGAUAUAAAACAGGAAAAGUAUGUUUAUAAUUUACUUGCAUCAUAGUUUA